AUGCCUUCGACGUCGUCAUCUCUCCCCAAUCCCAAGGAGCUUAGCAUCGAAGAUGACUGGACUAGGGUUAAAGACCCGAAGGAAAAGAAGAGGAUUCAGAACCGGGUAGCGCAGAGAACAUAUCGUCAUCGAAUGAAGGCAAGGCUUGGUGAACUUCAGGCCCGGUUGGACAGCCAUGAGAAGCAAAGGAUCCAUACGACUGGUCAUGGCGGUAACGACAUGACCCAAGGGGUUUCUAGCGUACCAAUUCCUUUUGGCACAAGUGCUCUGGUCAUGAAUGGCCAUUCGAGCACCCAUAGCCUCACCGGACUUAAUUCAGUUCUGACGAAUGGACGCGGUGGAGAAGUGUCCCAACCCCCCUUGAGCAACGACCGGUCUCAUGCUUUACCGAUUCUGCAGACCAAUAUGUACGAUAUUCCCGCAGACGAAUCUACCACCUCUUUGUUCUCACACAAUCCGCAAUUUCUCAAUAGUCCCCCGAACUCUCACUCAUCUCCUCAAGCUCAUAACGCUCUGCCCUCCCCUCCUGGAAGAUCGGAUUCUGAACAAUCAGCCAAGGUAUCUCAGGAUUUCGUUCUUGAUUGCCUCCGAUUUCAGUCACAGCUCUUGAACAGGCUCAAUACACUUCAAAAUGACCCGGCAUGUACGGCCCAGGGCCAAUACUCGCAGCCUGAGGGGCUUCCUCAAUUGAUGGACGGCAUGAAUCAUGAGCAAAUAUCUUGUAUGGGAGGCUUUAAUGCCGCACACGCUGAGGCUGUGGAUUUCGCAUAUGAAAAUGCGCCUGACGCCUGGAAACCUGGCAACUUCAGCCAGAAGCUUCGCCAGCCACCUGCAGCCGGGUCUGUGAACUUUCCACCAUUGCUACCAGUAGCAGCACCGGGAAUGGAACCCGUAAUGGGCUCCAAAAGCUGUCACGCUACUCCUACCGGACUGGCUGCACCAGGGCAGAUUCUGGGUCGGGAAGCAACAGCAGAUGAACGCAUCGAAAACAUAAUGCAACAUAUACAAGCCAAUGGCUAUGAGAGUUUUGAUGAUUUGGCCACGGAAUACUAUUGCAGAAUGAAUAGAGACGGAGAUACAACCCCCCUUGCAAACGAACAACAUGUGAGAAGAGAUGGACGGUUGGCGAAGGUGAUGAAUGCUGUUCUCCACGCAACUAACAGCUGGACACACUGGGAGCGCCAAUCUUUUUAUGAAGAGAUUCUCAAACUUGCGGAGUCCAUGGUUGCUUCAGAAGCGGCAGAAACGAGGGACACGGUGCUGUCGCACCUUGGGCCUAUUGUGGAGGCUAGUGACUUGCAAAAUCAUGCAACCAAAACAGAAUCUCUACAUUCUAUAAAGAGAACUCUUGAGCUUGAGUUGCCCAACUCCUGGGCGUUGAACAUUGCUCUUGCCAACGAAACUGCGGCUGGGUGGCAGGAGGAUUGCUCGAACACGGCAUUGGCAACGACGCUAAUUCAAAAGCUUGCCGGCCGAGUACCCAAGGACAAGCUCCUAGGAUUAGUGGAAGCGUGUCUAUGA